GCUCGUUGCCGAGGUCCAGACCGCCCGCGCCGCGCACGCUCCAUCCGAUGGCCGCAGCCGUCCACCUCCGCCCUCUCCACUCGCUCGCCCUCCGCCCCCCCGCGGCGAAGGCCGCGCCCAGCUGGCUCCCCCUCCCGGCGAAACCCAGGGCGCGGAGGAGGGGCAGCCGCCUCACCCUGCUCGUAUGCUCCGCGUCACCCCCCGCGCCCGCGGCUCCCUCGUCCUCGGGCGGGGACAACGCCGCGGCGUCCGCAGCGGCCAGGUGGGCGGAGUGGAUCCCGCGCGCGGCGGCGGGCCGUGCGGGGGCGGGCCCGGAGCAGGUGCUCAGGCUUAUCUCCGGUGCUGCGGCCACGCCCGUUUGCCAGUUCGUCGACAAACCGCGCACCUUCCUCCACUCCGUCGACCCGCGCGUCAAGCUGGUGUGGCUCUUGGCCCUUGUUGUCCUACCAGCCAGGUCAAACAUUUAUAUGCGGUUCGGUUUGGUAGUAUUCCUGGCUCUUCUUUCAGUGUGGGUUUUGCCAAAUCAUGUUUGGAAGGAUCAACUUGGAAGGGUUGCUCUCCUUUCAGGAUUCAUAUUCAUAAUGCUGGGAUUUGGUGCCGAUGGUGCGCCUUCAUUGGUUCAGACAAGAACUCCUCCCUCUUCUGUUCUAGGCAUACCGAACAUUCCUUGCUCCACAAGUGGGUAUUCUUACACAAUCAUGAAACUGGGGCCACUACAAUUUACAAGGAAAGGCCUAUCAGUUGCAAGUACUUCGGCAAGCCUCUCCUUUGCGAUAUUCCAAAGCGCAAGUCUCUGCUUGACAACAACCACUCCUGAGCAGCUUGCUUCUGCUUUGUGGUGGUUUAUGAUUCCACUGAAGCACAUCGGUGUAGCAGUACCUGAGAUAAUACUUACACUACUACUUUCAUUGAGGUUCAUUAAUUUAGUAUUUGAUGAGGUUCGCAACUCAGCACUGGCAAUUGUAGCACGCCGGAUAAAUUGGAAGAAGCUGACAGCUAUGGAAACUAUAGAUAUUUUCUUCAACUAUAUCCGACGGAUAUUCAAAAAUAUAUUUGAUCAUGCAGAGCAAAUAUCCAAGGCAAUGAUAGCUCGAGGGUUCCGUGGUGAUCCAAGCAAUCACAAGAUCUACUUCCUUACAGAAUCUUCAUUUGGCUUUGCGGAUCUAUUUUCAUUGCUUUGCCUGUUUGCUCUAAUGGGCCUGGCUUCCUAUUCUGAUCAGUUGGUUUGAUGGUACCAAAAAGGAAUUCAAUUAUCCAUGAAUUAUCCAUUGUUUCAGGGACACAUCGGGAUUUAUCAUGAGAACUAUUCUUGUUACCGCUAGGCAUGGUUAAAAGACUUCAAUGGCAGGACUUCUUGAAGCAGCACAUUCAAUGCUGUGGAAACAAAGUAAGAACAAGAUUUGUUGAGAACGAAAACUAGGGUUACAAGGAGUAAAUAUGAUCCCCUCCCUUGGAAACCGGUAGGACUACACUAACACGAUGUCUCAUGCAGGCACAACGUUUACAUGCGUCAGCAUCGGCAAGUGUAAAUACAUGGAAGCGUUCGAUGAUAAUUGUCAGAUUUGACUCUUAACUUCAAAAGGGAAAUGCGAGUGUUGCUUCUCCAUUAUGUUGUAGAAACAUGUCAAACAUCCAUCCUGAAACCUGUAACGCGAAAUUAUAGCUUUGCUUCAAUUUUUUCUUAUCUGUACUUGACCAUAGUUAUGGUAAGAUACUUGAAGAUACAAAUGGUGAAGUUGUGGUUUGUGACAAACAACUCGUGAUUUCCAGUUAAUCAAAGCCAGCUGGAAAAAAGUUUCGGUGGUGA